CGCGAAGCCAGUGAGCGACGGAAGUGACCGACUCGUUCCGCGACACAUAUUCUGUCGUUCGAUCGAAGAAUCAGACAAAGAGAAGCGGAUGAUUCUUUAAGCAUCGUCUCUGUCUCUGAGGUCCAGUGCAGUCGGUUGCCAUGACGUCUCCAGGGGGACAAGGAGGGGGAGGAGCUCUGUCGACCAGAGGAGGGGGCGGGGCCCGGAGGAUGAAAUGGGCUUUGGAGCUGAGCGCCGGAAACACGAGGAGUCGUGGCGACCGGCAGGGCGGGCAGGGCGACGUUGUCUACCCCAUCGGCUACUCGGAGAAACCCGUCCCCGACACCAGCAUCCAGGAGACGGACAAGAACCUGGUGGAGAAGCGCUGUUGGGACGUGGCCCUCGGGCCCCUGAAGCAGAUUCCCAUGAACCUGUUCAUCAUGUACAUGUCGGGCAACACCAUCUCCAUCUUCCCCAUCAUGAUGGUGUGUAUGAUGGCCUGGAGGCCCAUCCAGGCUCUGAUGUCCAUGUCUGCCACCUUCAAGCUGUUGGAGUCGUCCAGUCAGCAGUGGCUGCAGGGCCUCGUCUACCUGGUGGGAAACCUCCUGGGCUCCGCCUUGGCCAUAUACAAGUGUCAGUCAAUGGGCCUGCUCCCAACACACUCGUCUGAUUGGCUGGCCUUCAUAGAGCCGCCUCAGAGGAUGGAGAUCAUGGGCGGAGGGAUGGUGCUGUGAAGAGGACGCAUUCCAAUACUCACAGAGGGUUAUAUACUGAUGACGGGUCACAAUACACACACACACACACACCCACAUCGUCUCAUUUACUUACUCAGAUUAUUUAUCUGUUCCAGAUCCAGUUUGUGUUUGAGACAAACUUCAUUAAUAACAGAACUUUAUGUAAACAAUCACAAUCUGUGAAGUUUGUUUUUGUUUUUGUUUUUCAGUUAGUAAAUCAUCCACCUGUAUAACUGAUUUCUUCUCUGAAAGUGUUGUAUGAAAUAUUAAAUCCAUAUUGUCUGAA